AUCUCUGGAUCCAGAAGACAAAAAAUUCCACACGCGGAGAAGACGCAAUAAAUUAAUCUCAACUGACUCACUUCCCACCCACCACCGCCGCCGCCACCGACGCAUCCACCAAACUUCCAAAUCUCCCCACCGAAGUCCUCCCAGUUUCAUCCUCCUCUGCCUCCCUCAGCUCUAUCUGCUUUGCUCCCUCUCUCUCUCCCAAUAAUUAAUCUAAUCCACUCCCACUGACAGAGCUCUCAUCAGUGGCCAUUUUUAAAUUGAGGAGUUGUUGGUGGGUGCCUCUGGGUUUUUAUUCUUUGCCCCCCAAACAAAAGGCACACCCUAGAUUUAUAGGAUCCUCAACCAUGAUUCUGGGGAUGGGUCUGUUUUCUGAAACCUACAGUACCAGGCAUGUGCUUUUCUAAUAGGAAGUCUUCAUCUCUCUCCCUCUUCAAUCAUACAAAAUCUCCUUACUUUAUUACUAUUACUUUUAUUCCAUUUUUAUCUUGACCAAAGCUUCUAUCUUUACUUCAAAUGUGGUCCUACAAAUAAAGGGUACCCCUUGUUUUGGUUAAUCAGUCAGUGUAUGUUGUUCUUGUUUUAGAAUUUCAGAGAGAGAAAACUAUGGGAUCUGGAAAUGGGGUUUAUUCAGUUGGGGAUUUCGAUUUGGAUGCCAAGUGGCUGAUCGAUCCAAAGCAACUUUUUGUUGGUCCGAGGAUUGGGGAAGGCGCGCAUGCCAAAGUGUACGAGGGAAAAUAUAAGAAUCAAAAUGUUGCUGUAAAAAUUGUUCCUAGAGGGGAAACUCCAGAGGAGAUUGCCAAGAGAGAAGCCCGGUUUGCGAGGGAAGUGGCAAUGAUGUCGAAAGUGCGGCACAAGAACUUAGUGAAGUUCAUUGGUGCCUGCAAAGAACCUGUAAUGGUCAUAGUGACCGAGCUUCUUCUAGGCGGGACUUUGCGCAAAUACUUGUUCAGCAUGCGGCCAAGGUGCUUGGACACGCAUGUGGCAGUUGGGUUUGCGCUUGAUAUUGCUCGUGCUAUGGAAUGCUUACACUCCCAUGGAAUCAUUCACCGGGACCUGAAACCUGAGAAUUUGAUCUUGACCGCAGACCAUAAAACUGUCAAACUUGCGGAUUUUGGCUUAGCAAGGGAAGAGUCGUUGACAGAGAUGAUGACCGCUGAAACUGGGACAUACCGGUGGAUGGCUCCUGAGCUUUACAGCACGGUUACAUUACGACAUGGAGAGAAGAAGCAUUACAAUCAUAAGGUGGACGCUUACAGCUUUGCAAUUGUAUUGUGGGAACUCAUCCAUAACAAGCUGCCUUUCGAAGGCAUGUCGAAUUUACAAGCAGCGUAUGCAGCCGCUUUUAAGAAUGUUAGACCCAGUGCCGAAAGCCUACCCGAGGAUUUGGCUCUGAUCGUAACUUCAUGUUGGAAAGAGGAUCCCAAUGACCGGCCCAACUUCACCCAAAUUAUACAGAUGCUGCUGCAUUACCUCUCUACUAUUUCGGUGCCAGCACCCGCUAUCCCCCAACGGAUGUUCAAAUCUGAGAACGCUGUACUCCCACCAGAGUCACCCGGUACUAGUUCCUUGAUGGCUACACACAACUCCGGUGAAACCGCUAAAACCAACACGGACAUGGAAGAUAAAACUAAAGGUUUUUUCUCCUGCUUUAGACAGUGUUAUUGAUACUGAAAGCUGUAAUCUUAGGAAAAAAAACUAUAAUUUUCAUUUAGCGGCCUACGGUCUGAUGUUACUGUCGAAAUUCAGAUGGUGUUUAGGUUUAGUUUGGUCUCAUUGAGAUCAAACGAAAGGAAUUUUUAGAGUUGUGGAGUUGGGGUUGCUGUGAUGUAUUGACAUUGUAAAAAUAAGGGUUCAUCCAAAAGCCUAUGCUCCUAUUCAAUAAAAUCUCUUCUGAGAGUAUGCCAUAA